UAUUUAAAUGUGUUGACACUUUUCAACCCCGUUCCCUAAUUUUGAAGUAAAGUACUUUUUUUAAGUACGGAAGAAAAUCGGAAGUGACGCAAGUACUUCUCCUCUUGAACCAUGCUUGAAUGGAGGUGACCUUACUUAUUACCAAAUUGUAAAGUAAAGAAAGUUGGGGACCCCGCAGGCAGGUGAGUCCGGUCCGGGUUUGAUAAUAAACUUGUGGUGAAUAUCUAAGCGGACCUUGAAGGUGUCUCCAGAGUGAGCAGAAAUGGCAGAGGCUCAUCAAGCUCGCGUGCAGAAUGUGAUCGAAGACAUGGUCCAAAGCCUGGAGAAGGACCACAUCCGUAAAAUGCAGGGGCGCAUGUUCAGGUGCAGCGCAGAGUGCUGCGAUCGCUCCACAGACAGCAUGGCUCAGGUGCAUCAGUGCAUUGAGACGUGUCACACACCCCUGGCCAAAGCUCAGGGCCUGGUCACUUCAGAGCUGGAGAAGUUUCAGGACCGUCUAACUAGAUGUACGAUGUCCUGCAACGAUAAGGCAAAGGAUCUCUUUGACUCCGGUGCCAAGGAGCCAGCUGUUCGAUCACUGAUGGACCGCUGCGUGGGCAGUUGUGUGGAUGACCACGUUAACCUGAUCCCCAGCAUGACCCGGCGACUAAAAGAGAACUUGGACUCUAUACGGCAGUGAGGGGCGGGAUAAAUGACUGCAGUCCAUCCUGGGGAAAGCUCGGGGGCAUGGAGUUUAUUCAUCUAAGGAGUGAAGGGCUGAAGGUGCAGAGGCAGAGUUCAAAGACUGUGGUUAUUAAUGGUAAUGUGUAGAGAUUUCAACUUUGAAAUGAAAGUUUCUGGCCUGUUAGAUCCAACUUUACCUGCAGCGAGAAAGAAGUCCAGUAAUGCACAAGGAGUCUUAAGGUGUGCAUUUGUUAAACACGGUUAAUGUAUUUAAUGCAGAUGUGUGUAUUGCAUUUCAACAUGUAAAGAAAACCAACCUGUGUAAUCCACGUGAAGGAUUUUUUAUUCUCGAUGAAACUCCUUAAAAUCAUGAUCCCUCAUUUUUUCUCCUUUCUCAAUUGUGAGUUUAUAUAUCUGAAUAAAAAGAACCCAAACCUC